UUGGCGUUGGCCGCUAUCGGCGUCCUUCAUCUGCUGACGGCGCUCUCGGGGCUGUGGUCGGUGCACGCGCAUUGCGCGCUCACGUGCGUUCGGGAACCCAGCCCUAAGAAAGCCACACUGGCGAAAGUUGUGCCAACCCCCAAUAACGGAUCUGCAGAACUGGUGCCGCUCCACAGAGACCGGGAUGAGGACGGGCAGGAGGCUCUCUCCUUUGAGUUUCAGAAAAUCAAAUAUUCCUAUGAGAUAAAUGGCAAGAAGCAGUUUCUUCCCGUCGCUUUCCCCGUGGAGCAUCCGCUGUGUUAUUACCAGAACGCCCGGGGCUAUCAGGAGGACAAAGAUAUCCGAGCAGCUGAGAAGAAAUAUGGCACAAAUAAGGCUGAGAUGGUGGUGCCGGAAUUCUUGGAGCUUUUUAAAGAAAGAGCUACAGCGCCGUUCUUCGUCUUCCAGGUGUUCUGUGUGGGUCUGUGGUGCCUGGAUGAGUACUGGUACUACAGCGUCUUCACCCUCUCCAUGUUGGUGGCGUUCGAAGCUUCCCUGGUCCAGCAGCAAAUGAGGAACAUGUCGGAGAUCCGAAAAAUGGGCAACAAGCCCUACAUGAUCCAGGUCUACCGAAAUCGGAAGUGGAGACCCAUUUCCAGCGACGAGAUCAUCCCAGGGGAUAUCGUCUCCAUUGGCCGAUCUCCUCAUGAAAACCUCGUGCCAUGUGAUGUGCUGCUCCUACGUGGAAGGUGCAUUGUGGACGAAGCGAUGCUGACGGGAGAAUCUGUGCCCCAGAUGAAGGAGCCCGUGGAGGACCUCAGCCCAGAGCACGUUUUGGACAUGCAGACGGACGCCCGGCUGCACAUCAUAUUUGGUGGAACGAAGGUGGUGCAGCACAUCCCACCCCAAAAAGCCAGCACUGGACUGAAACCUGUUGACAACGGAUGCGUGGCGUACGCUCUGAGGACCGGCUUCAACACGUCUCAGGGGAAAUUGCUACGUACAAUCCUCUUUGGGGUGAAGAGAGUGACAGCCAAUAACUUAGAGACCUUCAUUUUCAUCCUCUUCCUGCUGGUCUUCGCCGUCGCUGCUGCGUCGUACGUCUGGAUUGAAGGCACCAAGGACCCCAGCAGGAAUCGCUACAAGCUCUUCCUCGAGUGUACGUUAAUACUGACGUCCGUUGUUCCACCUGAACUUCCCAUCGAGCUCUCCCUGGCCGUCAACACCUCCCUCAUCGCUUUGGCCAAACUCUAUGUGUACUGCACAGAGCCCUUCCGCAUCCCCUUUGCGGGCAAAGUGGAGGUUUGCUGCUUUGACAAAACCGGCACGCUGACCAGCGACCACCUGGUGGUGAGAGGAGUGGCUGGGCUCAGGGAUGGGAAGGAAGUGAUGCCCGUCUCUGACAUCCCUAUAGAAACCCACCGAGCCAUCGCUACGUGCCACUCGCUCGUGCAGUUGGAUGACGGGACGUUGGUGGGGGAUCCGUUGGAGAAGGCGAUGCUGACGGCGGUGGACUGGACCCUGACCAAAGAUGAGAAAGUUUUCCCCAGAAGUAUUAAAACUCAGGGACUGAAAAUUCACCAGCGCUUUCAUUUUGCCAGUGCCCUGAAAAGAAUGUCUGUCUUGGCGUCGUACGAGAAGAUCGGCGCCGCUGAUCUCUGUUACAUUGCAGCUGUGAAAGGGGCCCCGGAGACGCUGCACAAAAUGUUAUCUCAGUGCCCAAGCAACUACCACGCUGUGCACACUGAAAUCUCACACGAGGGGGCACGAGUGCUGGCCCUGGGUUACAAGGAACUGGGGCACCUCACUCACCAGCAGGUGCGAGAGAUGAAGCGUGAAGCUCUGGAGUGUGACCUUCGCUUUGCUGGCUUCAUUGUGGUUUCCUGCCCUCUCAAAACGGACUCCAGAUCCGUCAUCAGGGAGAUCCAGAACGCGUCGCACCAUGUAGUGAUGAUAACAGGAGACAACCCUCUGACCGCCUGCCACGUGGCAAGGGAGCUGCACUUCCUCCAGAGGGAACACACACUCAUUCUGCAGCCUCCUGCCAGCAAAGAUUCCACCUGGCAGUGGCAGUCCAUCGACGGUGCCAUCGUGUUCCCCAUUUUGCCCACCUCCCUGCGGGAGCUGACGCAGCGCUACGACCUGUGCGUGACAGGGGAAGGUCUCUCUCACCUGCAGGCUCUGGACAGACAGCAGCUGCUGCGGCUCAUACCGCACAUCCAAGUGUUUGCCAGAGUGGUGCCGAAGCAGAAGGAGUUUGUGAUCACUACUUUGAAGAGCCUGGGCUACGUCACGCUGAUGUGCGGGGAUGGGACCAACGAUGUCGGAGCUCUGAAACACGCGGAUGUGGGAGUGGCUCUGCUGGCCAAUGCUCCUGAGAGACUGCCUGAGAGGAAGAAGAGGUCUCGGGAUGGUCCCACUGAGCUCAGGCCCGCUGCAGUGCCGCUGGGGAGCGGGACGGUGAAGCCCACGUCGCGUGGUGCCAAGCACAGAGUCAUGUCCCAGCGAGAGGAGCAGCUGGCCGUGCAGAGGGAGCGGAUCAGUCAGGUGCUGAAGGAUUUGGAGGAGGACCGCGUACCGGUGGUGAAGCUGGGUGAUGCCAGCAUCGCAGCCCCCUUCACCUCCAAGCUCUCCUCCAUCCAGUGCAUCUGCCACGUGAUCAAGCAAGGUCGCUGCACGCUCGUGACAACGCUCCAGAUGUUCAAGAUCCUCGCCCUGAACGCCCUGAUCCUGGCCUACAGCCAGAGCGUCCUCUACUUAGAAGGGGUGAAGUUCAGCGACUUCCAGGCCACUCUGCAGGGGCUGCUGCUGGCUGGCUGCUUCCUUUUCAUCUCCAGGUCAAAGCCUUUGAAGACUCUGUCCAAGGAGCGUCCGCUGCCGAACAUCUUCAACCUCUACACGGUGCUGACGGUGCUGCUGCAGUUCCUGGUGCAUUUCCUCAGCCUCGUUUACCUGUACCACGGUGCCCAGGUGCGCAGUGGUUCCAAACGGGAAGAGUUUGUGGAUCUGUACAAGGAGUUUGAGCCCAGCCUCGUGAACAGCACCGUGUACAUCAUGUCGAUGGCGAUGCAGAUGGCCACGUUUGCUAUCAACUACAAGGGCCAUCCCUUCAUGGAGAGCCUGCAGGAGAACAAACCGCUGCUGUGGAGCAUCAUCCUCUCAGGGCUGGCCAUCGUGGGGCUGCUCACGGGUUCGUCGCCUGAAUUCAACGAACAGUUUGGGCUGGUGGAAAUCCCUACUGAGUUCAAGAUCAUUAUCACGGAGGUGCUGCUGGCCGACUUCUUCCUUGCUUUGUUGGCGGACCGUAUCCUUCAGUUCCUACUGGGGAGAGCAAAACUCAAAGUGCCUUCGUGAACACAGCGCCAGGGCCCUGCUGGGGGCACCCCAAAAAUCAUCCCUAUGAUUUGAGAGCAGCUCUUGAGCUCCGGGGAGAGUUUCCUCCCAUCUCACGUGGAAAUCACCUCUGUGAAAUGACUUUUUGGUGUUCCCAGGACGCAGCGCCUGGUGGGAGUUUUGUACUGCCCCGCUCCAGGAGACGUUUACAGAAUUUGGUAACUAAAAAGUCAAGCCUGAAGUAUUUUGAAAUGUG